AUGAAAUUGGUAGUAGAUGUUCAAGGUUUUAAAAUAGAAAACAAUAAGUUUAUAGUUAAAGAAUUUGCUGCUUUUAAUGGUUCACAAGUAUGUCACUAUGUAUUCAAGCCACCCUUUCCUUUGAGGAUGUUGCCUUCCGAUUUACACAAGCAAGCUACUUGGUUAAUGAAUAACCAUCAUGCUAUUGAUUGGAAUAAUGGAUAUACUCCACUGCAUCAUUUUGGAAGUAUAUUUCAAAAACUUAUUAAAGAUAUUGACUGUAUCUACGUUAAAGGAAUGGAAAAAGCAAACUAUAUUAAGAAAUUUUCAACUGUUCCUGUAUAUGAAAUUGAUGAACAACCUGCUUUUGAACUUGGAGAACCUUUAUGUUUUUAUCAUAAAAAUAAUAAAUGUAUUUGUGCUUUAUCUAAUGUAUAUUUUUUAUAUAAUAAAUAUAUGAUGCAAAAUUAA